CUUCGUUUCGGAAAAACAACAUAUGGCACUGACUAUCCCUCACUCUAAGUACCUUCUACCGCUUCUACCGCACUCUAUUUUGUUGCCUCAACAUGGCGCCGAAGAAUACUGAUCCGGCCCGCGCCGCAGAGAGUAACUUAGGCUACCUCCUCGGAGUGACGGCAGCCUUCCAUGCUGUCGCUCUGAUCUUCGUCGCGAUGCGCACGUACGCUCGCAUUGUUGUCGUGAAGGCAUUCGGCAGAGAUGACGCUCUUAUGUUGGCUGCAACGCUAGGCCUGUGUAUUUCUUGGAGGCAUGGUGACCUACAUACUGGCUGGCCAGCACGGCUUGGGUCGUCACACUGACACUCUGGAGAAUAAAGACCAUUACGAGUACCUGAAGUUGACCUUCAUACAAGCGAUAGUCUCUUCCAUUGGCGGCAUGGCCUUUCUUAAGCUCUCCGUCGGAUUCUCCCUCCUUCGACUUAGUCCUCCACCACUAUACACGAGAAUGCUCUGGACGCUCAUUGGAUUUGUGUGUCUGUAUACAAUCGUCUCGUGGGGUGAAUGGGCCGCCGUCUGCAAGCCUAUAUCUGGCUUUUGGAACAAGGAUCUCAGGGCAAAAUGUCUGCCCGUCAAAUUUCAUAAGGGAUUUGCGCUGAUGAACACAUCUUGCAAUAUUUUGACUGAUAUUUGUUUCGCCUCUCUUCCUGUGCCUAUUAUAUUGGGCCUGCAGAUGAGGCAGAAAACACGCAUCUAUCUCAUCUUCAUUCUAAGCUUAGGCUAUAUUGCAGUCGCGAUGGGCGUCGUCAAAACAGUCGUUCAAAACACAAAAAGAGGUGAUCCCGACCAAUCGUUUACGAACGACAUUCAAUUCUGGGGUUUUCUCCAAGUCAACACUGGCAUCAUAGCCGCCUGCGCACCCUCCCUCAAACCUCUCCUCGGUGGCGUUCUCCGGCUCACUUCAACCCAACAAUCCAAAGGCCCAAGCAACUACGGGACAGGCACAAAUGGACAAUCCAACAAGAGUAAGAGACAGAGCAGGAUACGGGUCAGUACGAGGGCUUCGAACAAUGGCUGGGUCCGGACUGAUAGCGAUAUUGAGUUGGAUGAAGCGGCGUCGUUCAAUAGCCAGACGAAGAUAACGAGCAAGAGGGACGCGGAAUGA